AAGAACAGAUCCUUUGGUAACGGGUGUUUCUCUCACGCACGCUCGCACACGCACACGCACUCUGCAGCACCAUGUCCUCCGCGGGGACACGCACGGAUCUCGGCCGGGCGCUGGUCAUCAUCACCGGCGCGUCCCGGGGCUUCGGCCGGGCGGUGGCGAGGCGGCUGGCCGGGCUGCUGCAGCCGGGCUCCGGGCUCCUGCUGGCGGCUCGCUCCGGGGACGAGCUCCGGGCCGCGGCCGCGGAGGUGACCGGGGCCAGGGCGGCUGGAGGCGGCCUCACGGUGACCUGCGUCCCGGUGGACCUGUCCCUCAGCUCCGGGCUGGACACGCUGCUGGAGGCCGUGAGGACACACUUCACCGGGGACAUGGACCACCUGCUGCUGGUCAACAACGCAGGCUCUCUAGGUGAUGUCUCCCGCUACAUGAGGAGCUUCACCAACAUGGCGGAGGUGGACUCCUACUUGUCCUUUAACGUCAGCUCCUCCCUGUGCCUGACGGCCGGCGUGCUGGAGGCGUGUCCUCGGCGCCCGGGCCUGCGGCGCAGCGUGGUGAACAUCACGUCGCUGUGCGCCCUGAAGCCGUACUCGUCCUGGGCGCUGUACUGCACGGGCAAGGCGGCGCGGGACAUGAUGUUCCGGGUGCUGGCGGAGGAGGAGCCGGACCUCCGGGUGCUCAGCUACUCUCCAGGACCUCUGGACACCGACAUGUUCACGUUGGCCAGAUCCAGCACCGCCGAUCCCGACCUCAGGAAGUCUCUGUCCGACAUGUCGGCUCAGGGGGGGGUGCUCACCUGCGACGAGUCCUGCACCAAGAUGAUGAAGCUGCUGCUGGAGGACACGUACGUCUCCGGGUCCCACGUGGACGUGUACGACGUGUAGAGCCGUCAGCUGACCCUUGACCUCACGUGCCUUGGUCUCAACUCUGCGACUGCCACGUUUCCAGUGUGUUGCAACGUGCAUCCUCACCACUAGAUGUCACCAAAUCCUUCACACUGAACCUUUAAUAGUUCCCUGCCAAUCGAGAUUGAUAGUGUGCAGCCUUUGUUAGAUAAAAGUGAUUAAAUCAAGUUUGUUAAAUUGAUUUUCAAUACAUUCCAGAGAAAGUUUUAAUUGCCCGACCGGCCACUAGAGGGCCAUCGUUAGCUUCAGUGCCUGAAAUGAUAAAGAACGUAGAAUUAAGACGUUAAAGGUAGAAAACACGAAGCAGCACAUUUCCAGAUGAACCGUUGACUUCAGGUCUUCUCAGGUCCUGCCACUCGGCAGCCAUCUUGUUUUGUGACGUGUAUGUGUUGUUAUGUUAUGAACAGUUUUCGGGCUGUGAUCACCGACUGUUUUAUAAACUUGAUAUUUCUGAAAUAAACCAAAAGAAUCAAAAUACUCA